UAUAAAAAAAAAAAUGGGAAGCCAACAUCGUAGUUUCGUAUUAUUCGUCGCUGUGUUCAUCGCCCUCGUAAACAGCCGUUCGUUGAAUAGGUACGACGAAGAAGACGAUGACUAUGUCACCACGUCGUACACGCAUUACGACGAGCUCCAGCGACUGUUCCGCUCCCUGGAAGAAAAGUAUCCGCAUCUGGCCCGGGUGUUUUCCAUCGGCAAAUCGGUAGAAGGUCGAGAUCUUCUGGUGCUGGAAAUUUCGGAGAAUGUCGGUCAACGUAGGCUUGGCGAGCCUAUGGUCAAAUACAUCGCCAACAUGCACGGUGAUGAGGCUGUGGGAAGAGAGUUGCUUAUCAUUCUCGGCCAAUAUCUCUUGGAUCACUACGGCAAGGACGAUCGCAUCAGUCGGCUGGUGAAUGAAACGGAUAUUUACCUGAUGCCAUCCAUGAAUCCAGAUGGUUUUGAAAAAUCAGUGGAAGGAAAAUGCGAGUCUAAAGAAGAUUUUUCGGGUAGGGAAAAUGCCAAUAGUGUCGACUUAAAUCGGGAUUUUCCCGAUCAGUUUGACAGAAGAAUCAGCCAAAUCAAAAAGGGCAUUUCUAUACUAAAUGGUCGUCAAAAUGAAACAGUGGCUAUGAUGACUUGGAUUUCCAAUGAACCUUUUGUCCUCUCGGGAAAUCUUCAUGGUGGUGCUGUAGUUGCUAGUUAUCCAUAUGAUUCUGGUAUUCCAAAAACAUGCUGCAUAGAAAGUAAAAGUCCAGAUGACGAUUUGUUUAAAUAUCUUGCCCAUGUUUAUGCAGACAAUCAUCCAAAAAUGCAUAAAGGUGAUGCUUGUCCUCCAGAGAGAUUUCCAGGUGGUGUUACAAAUGGAGCAUAUUGGUAUGAAGUAAUUGGUGGAAUGCAAGAUUACAAUUAUGCUCGUUCCAAUGCAUUUGAGAUAACAUUUGAACUGAGUUGUUGCAAGUACCCACCUGGUUCAACGAUACCAUAUCAAUGGCAAUUAAAUAAAGAAUCUUUGAUUAAAUAUCUGGAACAAGCGCAUAUCGGAAUCAAAGGCUUUGUACAUGAUAGGGAUAAUGCUAAUCCAAUUGAAAGAGCAAACAUUGUGAUAGAAGGAAUAAAUCAUAAUGUAACAACUACAAUUGAUGGCGAGUAUUGGCGUUUACUACUCCCAGGAACUUAUUCAGUUUACGCUACUGCAUGGGGAUAUAAAUCUAGUAAACCAGUAAAAGUGACUGUAUUAGAAGGAAUACCAACAAUUCAUAAUUUCACAUUAAGUCGCACAGAAGUAUCUAAUGAACAAGGAAAAAAUAUUGUUGAUGAAGUAAUGAAACCCAUCGACAAGUAUGGCUUUUACCACACCGUGAACUUCAAGCAUCACAACUACGUUGCGAUGGAGAGAUUCUUGAAAGAGUUGAAUGCGAAUUAUCCAAAUAUUACGAGACUCUACAGUAUAGGCACCUCCGUGCAGGGCCGCGAGCUUUACGUUAUGGAAGUCACCAAAGAUCCCGGCAAGCACAGUCCCGAGAAACCUGAAGUGAAAUAUGUCGGAAAUAUGCAUGGAAACGAAGUGGUGGGCCGAGAAAUGCUGUUGCUAUUACUGAGGUAUCUUUGCGAGAAUUACGGCACUGAUGAGAGAGUCACGCGGCUAGUAGAAACUGUUAGACUGCAUGUGUUACCGAGCAUGAAUCCUGAUGGAUACGAGGUCUCCAAGGAGGGCGACAUUGAUGGGAUCAAGGGUAGAACGAAUGCGAAGGAUGUGGAUCUCAAUAGAAACUUUCCCGAUCGCUAUGAAAUUAACGAUCUCAAUCAGCAUCAGGAGCCCGAGACUGAGGCGGUGAUGCGUUGGAUAGCAAGAAUUCCAUUUGUACUCUCCGCCAAUCUUCAUGGAGGAGCGUUGGUCGCGAAUUAUCCUUAUGACAACGGUCCGCGGAAAUUCGCCGCGAAUCUGAGUCCGGAUAACGAUGUCUUCAAGAUGUUAGCGUUGACGUAUUCCAACGCUCAUCCUCGAAUGCAUCUCGGGGAACCAUGUCCAAUGUUGACGAAAGGCUUUCAGACACUUCUUGACGAAAAUUUCCCCGAUGGAAUAACGAACGGUGCUGCUUGGUAUCCCGUACCUGGUGGCAUGCAGGAUUACAAUUAUUUGAACAGCAAUGAUUUUGAGAUCACCUUGGAAAUGGGAUGCACAAAGUACCCAAAUGCCAGCGAUUUGCCAAAUUACUGGCUGGAGAACAGGGAACCACUUCUACGUUUCAUCGAGAUGUCUCGCAAAGGCAUACACGGUAUGGUAAGUUCGUCCAUCGGCACUCCUAUACCUCACGCGAGAAUCUCGGUGGAAGGUAUAAAACAUGAUAUCUAUACCACCGAAGGGGGUGAUUAUUGGCGAUUGCUAGUACCAGGACGAUAUAAUGUAACUGUCAACGCGGUAGGAUACGAAAGCCUUACGCAGAACGUCACCGUACCCCCAUAUAAUGAAAAAAUCGGAGGAGAGGCGACUUUGGACUUUACGUUAAUGCGCGAUGAUUCUUUACACUGGUCAUCCGCAUAUGACUUUGGUUUAAGGGCAAACUUGCAGGACGGUUACUUGAAAAAUUCUGACUUGAGUGCCAGAUUCAGUCAAUUAGAAAAUCAUCAACCUGAUAUUGCGGAAUUUAUAGCCGGUGAUUCAUUGAUUAGCAUGGCCAUUCAUUCGUUGAAGAUAACACAUAAUAUGGGAUCACCUGACGAGAAUAAGUUCCAUAUCGCGUUGAUGGGAGGAUUGUUUGCCUCUCAGCCGGCAGGUCGGGAGAUCCUAUUACGUUUGGCAACACAUAUUCUCAUGGGAAAUAAAAUUGGAAAUCCACCGAUUCAGAGGAUAUUAGAUAAUGCUUUACUGCACUUUAUUCCGGGUAUCGAUCCGGCAUUCGAUAACAUAGAAGAGAAUAAGGAUUGCAAUCCCGUGGUUAGAAACGAAGUGGGAAAUAAGUUGUUAUCGGAGAAUAAUACUAAGCAAACGGAUAUAAUUACGAAUGCGUUUGAGAGAAUGUUACAAACUGAAGAUUACGAUGUCGUCGUGAUAUUGGGAGGCGGGGCAUCGCAAAUCAGUUAUUCCAACGACGACCUAAAUACAUUUAAAAUGCUCGCUGAGAAUUACGAGCACUCAAGGCACAAAGAAAGAUGCAGUUAUUCCAACAAUAAUACACAACGCUUAACGAAUUUGAUACAGCGUGUAUAUAAUAUACCUGUGAUGAGCAUAAGUUUGUCGUGUUGUAACUAUCCGCCCGCAGACUCGAUCCCUAUCAUCUGGCGUGAGAAUCUAGGACCACUUAUGGAGCUUGUACAGAAUCUUGCGAGUGGAAUUCGCGCGACGGUGAUGAACGAACGCGGCGCGCCACUUCGUGAGGCCAGUGUUAAACUAGGAAAGAGAAAUUACAGCGUGUCACAUAACAUGGCUUAUUUCAAAAUGAUAUUGGUACCUGACGAAUAUACGUUAACUGUUUCCUGCGAGGGAUACGAAACGCGAAUAUUAAAGGUUUCCGUGCGACAGCAAAGUGUAACGGAUAUCAAUAUCAGGAUGAUACAGAAAAAUGGGACGCAGCUCGAUACAGCAAAUCAUAAUCAAGUAUCUGAGAAGUUGAGCUUCGUAAAUCGAGUCUUGAGCGACUUGAAUGUCAAAUAUCCGCGACAAACGAGUUUGCACACUGUUGGCAGGACCGUGAAGGGUAGCAAGAUAAUGUGUCUCGAGAUCGGUUCCGAGAACGACCGGAUAGGACGAUCGUCCGUCAUAUUCUCGGCCGGUGUACUACGAGCGGAUCCGGUCACGUCUGGGGUACUUUUGCAUCUUGCUUCGUAUCUCUUGGAUAAUUAUAAAAAGAACGCUACGAUCGCACGUUACAUCGACAACUUUUCUAUAUACAUAGCUCCGGAUUUCUCGCCUGAUUCUAACGCGAGUCUCACCUGUGCAUCACCGCCAUCGAAUGGUUCGCGACAGUUUCCGAUUCAUGAUAAACUUGGCAAUGAAGCAGCUAUGAUCGCGAAUUGGUUCAGAAACAUUAACGCUGUGUUAGCCGUGAAUUUAAAUAGCGGAUCGCGGCACAUAGAGAUUCCGUUCGGUCGCGAGUAUGGAACGAUGGAUGAACAAAGAUACGAAAACGCCGACGAAGAUCUAUUGCGACAUUUAGCAUCAUUGUACGCUGAUGCGAGAACAGAUAAGUUGUCUGGAAAUUCGAAAUGCGAGCGAGAUUCGAAUAUCGGCGACAAUAGCGUGAUACACGCAGGAAUGGGAAUCGGCAGAAAUCAUUCUCUGAUGGAUUACAUUUAUUUCAAUACAAAUACUUUGAUGAUGGACGUGUACGUUACCUGCUGCACUACCGAUCAUUCAAGUGCCGUGUGGGAGGAGAAUAAAAUCAGUUUAUUGGCUUGCAUACAAGAGCUGAGCAAAAGUGUAAGAGGAUAUAUCACCAAUGAAAACGAUGAGCCGAUUGUGGAUGUCGUUUUGUCUUACGACAGAUCGCCCCAUGUGAUUAAAAAUGGCAAGUCAGGCUUCUAUUCCAUUCUAUUGCCACCUGGAAAUCACAAUGUAACAGCUACUGCGCCUGGAUAUCACGAAGAAACCAAACUCGUCUCUAUGCACUCGUUCGAAACGAGGAAAUACUCGAAAUUGAUGUUCAAACUUAUGCGUGACGACAAUAUUGUAGGAAUACCAAGAUUAGUAUUCAUUAUGAUAACAGGUAUGAUAUGCUUCGGCAUUGUACUGUGUAGCAUAUAUAUCUGCACGAGGUGCCAAUCUUCGGAAGAUUCGGAGAAAAGCAGAAAAGGAUAUGCAUUCAGUUUACUAAAGGACGGCGGUAGCUUUUUCGAUGAUGACGAGAAGGAAAUUAUAUUAUUUCGAAGACCAAUGGACGAUAAGAAUUUUUCGAAUGAUAAUGAAAUUACAAGACCGUAUUUCGACAAUGACGAUAAUAGCUCCGAGGAUGGCAGCGAUUUAGAAUUUAUUCGGCCCGAGCUGGAAUGGAACGAUAAAAUACCAAGACAAACGUGAUAACAAAUUUUUUCGUACAAUAUACAGUUUUUUACAUUGUAUAAAUAUAGCAGCUUUAAAAUAAGAAUUAUCUAAAUACGAAUUAUAAAUAUAGCGAAAUAGAAAUAAUUGUUUAAUUAAAACAAGAACUAGGGUCCAAGUAUGAAAUAUGUACUUAUAUAUGUAUAUUUUAGAUCUGUGCUACAUUUGGAACAACAUAUGAGAAAACAUUAUUAUUAAUAUAUAAAUGUUUCGAUCAUGUUUUAAUUUGGUUAUAUUUUUAUAUAUAAAUAUAUAAAAAUUCGAAAAAUAGAAUAGUUUUAUAAAAGAACAUAACAAAUUGUAUAAGAGUAUGUAAAUAUCAGAAAAUUUUAUACUGGAACUUUAAAUAAGAUUAGAAAAGUGCAGAAAGAAAAAGAACUUUCUAGAUUGUUAACUUGUAAUUUUUAAGAAUAGAUAUACAAUGAGAGAAUAA